GACCAAUACGAAUCAUUCAUGAGAAUGAUCCGCGAAUGGCGGCACUUGAUGAUGCUCAAGCGAUCCGGAAGAGGGCAUGACCCCAAAGGAGUCAAUGCCACAGAAGAAGGUGAUUACGCGGUCUUGUGCCCUGCCUGUCCCCAUCCAGGUAAAAAUUUACCUGACGACUGGCAGAAGGCUCCUCGUGCAAAACGCUGGAUCUAUGCAUUAUUCGUGGCUAUUGAUGCGAACUUCCGUCUGAAGCGCAAAAUUGUCUCCAACAAUACCACAGACCCAAGUUUGAGUCGUGGAUGGGCAUAUUUUGUAGAGGAGAGUGCAUACAAGGGGUUUCUCGCAGAGAAGGUUGAUGUCCCACAAGAGAAAUCUACAUGCUCUAGUCACAAUGCUGUGAAUAUGGCCGAUACAAAGACUAACUGUGGGCUAGCUGCUACAGGGCUUGGUACUAUUGAUUGUGCGCGUCACAAUAUGAAGUGUCCGAAUGCUGUUGGAGACCUGCAAAAGGGAGAGAAAUACAUCAAUAUGGACUACCUUUUUUUUUCAACGCUCCGCCACACCUCCUUGCAAACUAGGAGCAACAGUGCAUUUUCUUAG